AUGUCUUUUCAGAACAAUGUCCAAAGAACCACAGGGGAAAUGGCUCUGACAACCAUCUUGCUUUUCCAGAUGGGCAUUGGGACUCUGGCCAAUGUCACCCUCUUCUUCUUUAAUGUCUCUCCAAUCUUGUGUGGACACAAGCAGAGGCUCCCCAACACCAUUCUCACCCACAAGACUGUAGCCAAUCUCUUAGUUCUUCUCUCUGCUGGGAUUCCCCACAAGAUGGCGGCUUUUGUUUUGAGGAAGCCCCUGUCCAGUCUUGGGUGUAAAUUUGUAUAUUAUGUACAGAGAAUAGCUCGCAGCACCACCAUGUGCUGCACCUGUGUCCUGAGCACCCAUCAGUUCUUCAUACUCAUCCCAGAGAGGGCGGUGUGGACGAUGCUCAGAGGAAGAGCCCCCAAGAUCAUUGAUCCUUCCUGCUGUAUCUGCUGGGUGUUCAGUGUCUUAAUGAAUAUCUAUGUUCCUGUGAAAGUCACUGGUUCACAGGACACAGGAAACAGUAGUGACAUCCUCGGGAAGUGGUUCUGCUCAUCCUCAACUCUGAGUGCAGGCACUGUCAUCCUGUGGUUUGUCUCCGAUGCCGUGUUUAUUGGUCUCAUGAUCUGGUCCAGUGGCUUCAUGGCGCUGUUCCUGUACAGGCACCACCAGAGAAUGCAGUACAUUCACACCCCCAAUGGCUACCGCAAAUGUUCCCCGGAGACCAGAGCUGCCCACACCGUCCUGAUGCUGGUGGCCACCUUUGUGAACUUUUAUGCGCUGAAUUCCAUUUUUGUGUUUUAUGUCGCUGCCUUUUCAGAUUUCCGUCUAUGGUUGAUAGAGACUUCUAAUAUUUUGGCUUCAUGUUUCCCCACUGUUAGCCCCUUCUUGCUGAUCCUUCGGGAUUCUGGGGUUCCUAGGUCCCACUCUUGA